AUGUUUUUUCAGUAAUUAGACUUUAAUAACUGGAACAGCUUCUGUGUUUCGUCUUCAUCGCUUGAAUAGUACAGUUGUUUGUUUACUUUUCAAUGUAGCUUGAAUUGGAGCUUAUAAUAAACGCCACCAAUGGAUAGAUAUGAUUCAGUGGAAUCACCAACUGGGAGUACAAAAACAUUCAUCGUUCUUGUCAUCUUAUCCCAGGUUUUCGGAUUAUUAGCGAUUAUUUUAACUGCCGUUUGGUUAGGAAAAUAUUGGGGUGGAUUCAGUUGGACUAAUGCCAGCACAGUCUUCAAUUACCAUCCUCUUUUUAUGGUUUUGGGUCUGGUAUUUCUGUAUGGGGAUUCAAUUUUAGUCUAUCGUGUUUUUCGAGCAUAUCGUAAAAUGCCAAUCAAGAUCCUGCAUGCUAUCUUACACAUGCUUGCAUUUCUUUUCGGUGUUUUGGGUAUUAAGGCCGUAUUUGAUUUUCAUAAUGCUUUAACUAUACCGAAUAUGUACAGUCUUCAUAGUUGGUUAGGGAUAACAGCGAUUGUGGUGUUUGGAUUACAGUGGGUUGGUGGCUUAGUAGGUUUUUUGGUACCUCAAACACCUCAAAGUGCUCGUAGUAAACUUUUACCUAUCCAUGUGACAAUUGGUAGCUUCUUAUAUCUACUAGUGAUUGCUGUAUGCAUAUCUGGGAUUACAGAGAAAAAUUUCUUCUCGAAAGCGUAUUCCUCACUUAGACCUGCUGAGGUAGUUGGUAAUAUACUUGGUGUCACAUUGGUGAUAUUCGGUGGUCUUGUCUUCUAUUUAGUUCAACAUCCAAACUAUCGUCGUAUAGAAACAAUAUCACCGGAACAUCGUGCUCUCCAUGAGUAAAUAAUAACUUGUCAAGUACAUAUAUAUUAUUAUUAACAAGAGAGAGAGUAAUACUUAUUGUUGCGUAACUCUUUAUAUGAUAUUCCACUCAAAUUGGUCAGUUAAUAUUCCAUAAAUGUAUUUCUAUUUUGUAUGGAAGGGAAAAGCAAUUUAAUAAUUUCUUACGAUUUGACAUACUUCAUACUACAUUGUCAUCUCUUUUCUUCCUAAGUACUCUAACCUCAUCGAUAUCACAUCGCAUCAUUUCGAUUCUGUUGUCGUGAUGAUAACAUUGUGAUUGUUUUGCAGUAAUACAUAUAUAUAUAUAUAUCCGCUUGUUGUCCGCUUACCGUCAUUUGUGAUGUAUUUUCAAAGAUGCCCUGAUUUACAUAUGCUUAUCGAUAAUUUGUCUAUUUAUUUAUUACUUCUUCAAUGUUUUAUUAUUGUUAUUAUUUUUGUUGUAUUUUUGAUUUUUUUCAUCAUGGAUCUGAGUUAUUUUGUGUAUUUGUGCUUGUGUGUGUGUGUGUGUGUUUGUCUGAGUUUUACAUCACUUGUAAUUCUUUCCUAUUCACUUUUAUUCUUUCUAUUUACACCUGUUACUUUUCAUUUGAGAAGUUCUAAUUUCUGUGGGGUAUAAUUUCCAGUUGUCAGUUGCUGUUUUUGUUGUUGUAAUCAUGGAUGAUAAAUUAUUUGUUUGAAUAUCUUUUGAAUGCGUAAUACACAUGGGAAUAUUCAAAAGUUUAAUUGUUUGGCUUGUGGUUCGUCCCUGUCAAAUGUAAGAUGAUGCUGUGGGGUUGAUCUGCACUGACUAAGAGUUUAAGGAUUGAGAGCGAAGUGGUGGAGUUGUAUUAUGAUUGAUUGAUGAUGAAAUCUCAGUACCAAAGACCCGUGUAGUAUUUACCAGCUUACAUCAUCUCUGGUCUGGAAGUAAUAUCUGGCUGUCGAUUAAAAUACGUGUGUCUUGCUCAGCAGCUUGCUCCAUCCUUCAUUACAACUGUUGAGAAAACGAAGAAACUAGCUGUCUUUGUUUAUAGGUAUUCGCGUUCUACCUGUCAUGUUCGACGAUAUAAAAUGGUGGGUAAUAUUGAGGUUGUUCGUAGAUAGCUAGGUAAGGAGGUUAAGUCAAUUCACGAAGUUGCGAAACUGUAUCGAUUGAGAUGGUUAGGAUGUGUGCUAUGCACUCAGAGCCAUCGUCUUCCUCGAUUUCG